AGCUGCUGAAUCUUAAACGUACCAGGAGGGCAAAUAAACAUUUUCACGACUUCCUUUGUGGUGUAAAGGUGUUUGUAAAGGUUGAAAUGCUCCUACAUAUGCAGUGCCGUGGCUCAGAGGUGCUGAAACAAAGCCGUGCACUCGCACAUAAGAGCACUUUGACCGAUUUACGCAUCGCGUGCGAACUAACCGCUUCUCGUGACAGCGGGACAGAUGCUUCUCAGGCAAAUGCUGCGUUCACUGCAGGAAGUGUAACGAAGCAGCACGGCGCAUGCUCUUCUGCCUCUCCGACAAACGGAGGAUGAAUUAUCCCCUGCUGUAAAAACGCUCUUGUGGGGAGGGGUGAUGGCGGGUGCUGAGGUCACUGUGUCUUCAGGGGAUCUCAUGACGGUGAAGGAAGAGGAAGGGGAGUCCAGUGGCAACAACCAUAAGACUCAAGUCAUCCUGCACCUGCAGCCCAUUCUGCACGGGGUAAAUGACGACAUUGCUGACACUGGCACUACAGUCUUGGCCAUAGAGACACAUCAUGAAGACAGUAAAGCAGAAGGAGAGGAGAUCGAGUAUGGCUACCCCAUCACCUGUGGAGACAGCAGGGCGGUUCUGCUUUUUAAGAAGUUUGUGUGCCCUGGGAUCAAUGUCCGAUGUGUCAAAUUCAAUGACCAGCUCAUCAGUCCUAAGCAGUUUGUACAUCUGGCAGGGAAAGCCACUCUGAAGGACUGGAAGAGGGCCAUCAGACUGGGAGGGGUAAUGCUCAGAAAAAUGAUGGACUCCGGCCAGAUAGAUUUCUACCAGCAUGACACAGUGUGCAGCAACACCUGCCGCAGCACUAAAUUUGAUGUGCUGAUCAACAGCACACGGCUUCCCCCGGGGACCUUAGUGCAGCAGAGCCCGUCAUGUCUGGCACUCGACCCUCUCGGAGGACAGGUGCCUCCCCUGACAGGUGAGGUUGUACAUGAUGCAGCAGAGGUAGAGGAACUCUUGGAAGAGAAGUUCAGUGCAACAGCAGAGUGGAGCCCUGGUCCAGCCCGGCCUGUAAAUCCCACAACAGCCAAUGGACAUGCUGCAAAGAGGAAGAAGGCUGACACACCUGAUGACGUGUUGAGCCUGUGGAAGGGAGUAGCAGACUCAGGGCUGAUGGGGGAGGUCCUGUCCAGUCUCCAGACUGAAAUAUCAGCUACUCUUAAAGGAGUGGAGGUUCGCAGUGAGAACGCCAACCUGCAGGAGACAGAUGCCGUCAUACUUAAUUCCCUGUGUAAGAUGUUUGGGCUUUUAGACUCAGUAAAGCAAGCUCUGGUCCUGAAGUGCAGCCAGGAUGAAGAGAACAAAAUACAUAACAAUGUUUGUGCGUUGGAUGAGAUUUUGGAAGACCAGAGGAAGCAGGAUCGUGAUAAAAGCACCUCCUCCAAAAUGAAAUCCUCGAAACACCUCCGCAAUCAGCGUCACAACCCCUCAAACAGCCACAACUUGCUGUCCCCCGUCAAAUUGGGCCCACCGAUCCAGCCUUUCUCCUUUACCGGUUUAUCACCUGCAUCUUACGCUCAGAUCACCAUCAAACCUCAGCUCUUUAGCCAUUUCUCUGCCUCCACUGGACAGCGUCACCCUGCGGAGGCUGGCAAGAUGGACAGAGACGGCCAUGGUGCCACUCUGGAGAGGGAGCGUGACAUCAGUGAGAUAGAAACUCAGGAGAAGCUCCACAGGCCCAGACAGGAGGGUGUGAAGACAGAGGACACCUCAGGGAUCCACAAAGAGCAUGGACAAAGGACUGUUAAGUUUCAAGAAGACCCUCACCGUAGAAAUGAGGAGACAGAAGGCUUGCAUGGCAUUGAAAAGGUGAUUAUAGGAAGAAAGGCAUUAAAGAAACAUAAAAGUAAGUGAGGGAGAAAGAUAAUCCCAAAGGGACUAAAAGGGGAAUUAAAAAACAAAAACAUUUUGUAUUCUCAUAUAUGUUGUGGUUACUUCAGUUGUUUGCAGUGUUACAAGCGCACAUUUGUUCUUGCAUUGAGUUGUUUGUAAAAGACACAUUCAAGAAGAGCAUUUUGGUUCAUUCUUUUUAUUUUUAUCAACUCACAACACAGUAAAGCUGAAAUGAUUAGUUGAUUCACUGAUUGGUCCACUGACAAAACAUUAAUUGGCAGCAAUUUUGAUAAAUGAUAAUAAUCAUUUAAGUAAUUUUUCUAAGCAAAAUGUUCUUAUUCAAAUGUGAAUAUUCACUGGUUUUCCUAUUCUUACCAUUGGGUUUUUGACUGUUGGUCAAACAAAAUUUGCAAUAUUUUAUAACAGGAAAAUGUCACUUUGGGCUCUGGGGAAUUGCAAUGAGCAUUUUUUACAAUUUUAUUUUACAUUUUAUAGGCCAGAAAUUAUAAAUUGAUUAUUUGAAGUUUAAUUGAUAAUGAAAGUAAUUGUUGCUGCCCUGAAACAUUCUAAAGAAUUAGAAACAUAUAUGUGUGACAGUAAGUAUUUCUACAUUUUUAAGAUGCCUUUCACAUGUCAAUGUAAAUAAUAUUUACCGUAUCUAAAAAUAUUUGGCACCUUUUUCAGGUAUUUGUGACAAAUAUUUCCUCAUACUUUUAUAAAUAAUUUCUGAUACUAUUUAUAAUUGAAAAUCCAUAUUUUGUGAGUUAACCUUGUGUGGUGAAUUUUAUAUAAUUUUGAUUUUGUGAAAUACAGUAUAUCUCACUCAGGCUUGUAUUUAGGCCCUUGUUAUUAUGCCUAAAACCUGCCUAAGAUCUAUGCACCAGACACUGUCUGAAGAAUAGAUUAUUCCUAAUUUUUGACAGUGAAAACUAUUAGUAAACUUUAGUAAGUAUUGUGACUGUUGACGUGCUAUUGCUUUAAACCGGGUACUGUUUACCAAUCUUGUUAAUUUACUCCCCUUUAUCAUAGAAAAAAUAUAAAAGAGAAAAAGAUGUUAUGCACAUGAGAGUAUGAUGAAAAUGACUGAAAAUGACGCUGAUGGUCCGAUAUGAUCAUGUAAGACAAUGAACACAUUUAAAUAAAAUACUUUGUUUCAUAUUUUAACAGAAGCCUGUGUUAAAGAGCUAACUUCACCAUUGUUGAUGAGAAUUGUAAA